AUGUAUCAAACUGGAGCUACUUCCUCGAUUUCAGUUGUCGUAGAUGAUUUCAACAAGGACCACCGAUUAGAUAUUGUCGUUGUAAACAAUGAUACUGGUGCCAUAAAUAUUCUCUUUGGACGUUACGAGGGCUUUCAAAAUCAAACAAGGUAUUCAGUUGGCUCUAAUCCACAAUCUGUAGCUAUUGGUGAUGUCAACAACGACACUCGACUAGAUAUCGUUGUCGCCAAUUUGGGUAGCAAUGAUGUGAGUAUCCUUCUUGGAUAUGGGAAUGGUUCUUUUGAAAAUCAAACACGGUAUUCAGUUGGCUCUUCUCCACAAUCUGUAGCUAUUGGUGAUGUCAACAACGACGCUCGACUAGAUAUCGUUGUCGCCAAUUUGGGUAGCCAUGAUGUGAGUGUCCUUCUUGGAUAUGGAAAUGGUUCUUUUGAAAAUCAAAAAAGGUAUUCAAUUGGCUUUUAUCCACAAUCUGUAACUGUUGGUGAUGUCAACAACGACUCUCGGCUAGAUAUCGUUGUCGCCAAUUACUAUAACAAUGAUGUGAGUGUCCUUCUUGGAUAUGGAAAUAGUUCUUUUGAAAAUCAAAAAAGGUAUUCAGUUGGCUCUUGGCCACAGUCUGUAACUAUUGGUGAUGUCAACAACGACACUCGACUAGAUAUCGUUGUCGUCAAUUAUUGGAGCAAUGAUGUGAGUGUCCUUCUUGGAUAUGGAAAUGGUUCUUUUGAAAAUCAAGCAAGGUAUUCAGUUGGCUCUAAUCCACAAUCUGUAGCUAUUGGUGAUGUCAACAACGACACUCGACUAGAUAUCGUUGUCGCCAAUUUGGGUAGCAAUGAUGUGAGUG